AUAAUAUCCACCCUUUAUCCGGGACACUAAUGCUUGUUUCCACGUGAUUAUUGUGUACCUCGUGUCCUUCGUGUCAAUGUCUCAGAAUCCUCCAAGGGAAAGAGCAAACCGAUCAGUAUUUGUGGGAAAUAUUCCUUACGACGCUACCGAGGAGAACCUGCAAGAAAUAUUCUCACAGGUUGGACCAGUCGUGAGCUUGAGGUUGGUGUAUGAUCGGGAUAGUGGAAAGCCGAAGGGAUAUGGAUUUUGUGAGUAUGAUGAUCCAGAAACGGCCUCUAGUGCUAUUCGUAAUUUGAAUGGCUAUGAGAUGAAUGGAAGAUCACUGAGAGUUGAUGGGGCUGCUACUGAGAGGAGAGACACAGAAUUCAGAGACAGGGAUAGAGACAGAGACAGAGACAGAGGUUUGGGUCCACUUGGUCAUCAAGCUGACCAUGCUACCUAUGGCUAUCCGGUUCCUCCAGAAGAUGCACCAGAUGCAAUAAAGAAAGCAGUUUCAAGAUUACCACCAGAGCAAAUGUUUGAACUAAUGAAGGAGAUGAAGGUUUGUAUUCGUGACAAUCCAGAAGAUGCCAGACGGAUGUUGCUGCAGAAUCCACAACUUGCGUAUGCCCUUCUCCAAGCUCAAUUGAUCAUGAAAAUUAUUGACCCAAAAGUGGCUGAUGCGAUUCUCCAUUCUCCUUAUGCAGAACGACAAGUUCCACAACACCUCGGUGCUGUAGACAGGGAACACCCAGUUCAUCAUCAACCAGCAAUGCCACCUCACAGACCAAUACAACAACCACCACAGCAGCCGCCACCAAUCAGGGAACCAAUGCCUAUGGGACCUCCGUCAUCUGGUCCUCCAAGUAUGCCAUUGCCACCUGUUAGCAUUCCUCCAUCAUCCUAUCCACCUCGUUCUGCUCCACCUCCUGCUUCUGACCCUCGUGGACCUCCACCUGGCCGUGCAGAUCAACUUUCUUCCACAGACCAAGAGAAAGCCGCUCUCAUCAUGCAAGUUCUUAGUUUGUCUGAUGAGCAAAUUGCUUCUCUGCCACCCGACCAACGGCACAGUAUUCUAUUAUUGAAAGAUCAGAUUGCACACAGCACAGGAAGGUAGAUGCGAGCAGAGAGUCACAGCACACUAAACACUAGUACCACAUACGUCUCUAUAUGCAGAGAUAUUUGACUUGUAGCUGUGGUGUAGUUAGUUGUUUACAUGCUAACAUCUUCCACUUCAGUGGCAAAAUUCAAGGCGUACAAAUGCGA